GUCAAAUGUAGGGCAAAUAAUAAUUUUAAAAUAUAACAUGAAACAGAUAGCGAAAGCAUGGAAGUCGAUUGCGCAACUCUGGGGUUUUUGAGAGUCACAUGUCCCAAGCUGGAAGGGGGUUGGAUUUCAGUGCUUCUGAUGCAAUUCCCUUUGUUUGUAGAGCUCAUGCUAUAGCGAUCUCCGCUUCAGAACAGCAGUCCGUUAGUUGAUGAUCGUUGCAAACAGGUCCUGAAGAUUUAACUAUCAACAACUCAAUUCAACACCACAGAGGUUACGUCCAUUUGUUUCCCAGAAUGGAUGAUAAUAGCAAACUCGAGACUGAAGAACUCCUCACCUGUCUUCAUAUCAAUCUCUUUCACCCUAACCAAGCCAACCGUCCUCUCUUCCACAACCUGCCCCUAAAUAAGCCAUACAGAAUGGACGCUGAAGAUCCACUAAGGCUUGGCCGUGAUGGACAGACCUGCAUCUUUGUUCUAAAUGACACCUCGGUCUCCAGAAAACAGCUCUCCAUACAGGCGUAUCGGAAAGCUGGCAGCCAGUUCUUGAGCUUCAUGAUCCAAAACAUGAGCCACAAGGUCAAACUUGUGGUUGGUGGGUCUGAACUGAGAUACCUUGAAAGAGCUGAGCUUGAUGACAAGGUGCUCUGCCGCUUUGGGAGAUACGAACUGCUGAUUUGGCAGGAACCAGGAGAAUCAGAGAAUAAAUUUGAGGUCCUGUUUGAAACAUGCAAUACACCCCCUUCGCAGGAAUUGGGCAUAGAUGUGCCAUGCAAACCACCUGUUAUGGAUACCGGCUUAUCAUGGAGAAACUUUGAGAAUGGAGCACCUGUAAGCCAAGAGCCACUGGAGUCAGAUGAGACAGUUGUUUUAGUAUAGAUAUGCUUUGCAAGAACCAUUCAGAAUUGGCAAUUGUUGUUUUCAUUGACACUGUGUUAUUAAAACGGUCAGCACGUCUUGUAAGUAACAGACUAAGAUCUAAAACUACACUGUUUAGUAGUGACAUGACAGACACUGUUAUGAUUUCUUCUGGAAUGCUACUGAACCUGUUUUAUUGCAUGCUGUGUCUUUGUGUUUCUCCUCUUGUACAGAUAUUUUAUUAUGUAUUUUGCUGAAUUUCAUUGGAAUUAUUGUCACACAUUUGCUUAAAAGGUCCUCUGUGUUUUCUCUUCAUUAUUGUAAGUGUUCACUCAAGUGCUUUUGGCCAGUGUUUUUAUAUAUAAUAUUUUUUUGUUGUUGCAUUGUUUUGUAUUGACUGUUACUUGAUAAAAUGUCAAUCAUAAGCUUUUAAAAAAAUGUAAAAUUAC